AUGGCCCUAGCGGCGAGCAUGCCAGUGAAGGACAGAAUCUAUGUCAGCUCGGAGAAUAUUGCUUCAGAGGAGAGCAUGCGUGGCCUUUACGAGCGCUGGUACGCGCUCUACAGGCGCGAUGACGACCCCAGUGAGAAGGAGAAGCGGUUCGGAAUCUUCAAGGCGGAGGCACGCGCUGUGUACGAGCUGAACGAGGGCAACGAGCGAGUGAAACAUCAUCUGAACUUGUUCGCGGACAUGACCCAAGAUGAGUACGCCGAAGGGUUUACCAACUGCUCCCCCCUCCAGAUCCAACCCCGCGACGAGAUCAAGCUCAACUUUCACCAGCCCAGCCAGUACUACCCCGACAAUCUGCCACUCUACGUUGACUGGCGGGACGUGGACGACGUUCUCACUAGCGUGAAGACACAGGGAAACUGCGGAAGUUGUUGGGCUAUUGCUGCCACCGGGGCGAUGGAGAGCAUCCACUUCCUCAAGAACAACAAGCGCACCAACCUCUCCAUUCAGGAACUGGUUGACUGCAGCCCCAGCCCCAACAUGGGCUGCGAUGGCGGCAAGGCUAGCAAGGCCUUCCAAUAUGUCAUCAAAAAGCAUGGCAUCCAUUCCUCGGAGCAGUACCCGUAUGUGGGAAAUGGUUCGCACUGCACCACUCCCUCGGGAUCUCGCGUCAUGUCCAUCAAGAGCUAUCACUUUGUGCAUCGAUGUAACGAGAAGCUUCUCAUGGACGCGGUAGGCCAUGCGCCCGUCGUGGUUGCUGUUUUGGGAAGCAACACCACCGAGUACAAGCGCUACAGUGGCGGUAUUUUCAGAGGGCCCUGCAACGGUACGGGAGGCCACCAAGCCCUGCUUGUGGGCUACGGCACGACACGAAGUGACGAUGCCAACAAUCCCGGCAUCAAGUAUUGGGUGGUGAAGAACUCGUGGGGUGAGUCGUGGGGAGAGAGGGGCUACCUGCGCAUCGAGCGCGGUCAUCAGGCUGACGGAGGCCUCUGCGGCAUCAUGUUGCACCACUCAGUGUACCCAGUAGAUCCAAAAUAG